AUGACACUGCGAGCCGUGCAGAUCCAGCAAUACAACGAGCCCUACCAUGUCUCCGACGUGCCCGUCCCCCAGCCAAAACCACACCAGGUUCUGGUACAGAUCAAGGCCGCGGGCCUCUGUCACACAGAUCUGAUGGCGUUGAACAAUGAGUUCAACACGCCACUCCCCUUUAUCGGGUCCCAUGAGCUUGCGGGGCUUGUUGCGGAGGUUGGGGUUGAUGUCACUGGGUUCCAGAAGGGAGAUCGUGUGGGGUGUAUUAAUUUUGAUAGUGUUUGUGGGAAAUGCGCGGAUCGUAAAGCAGGUCUGCUUAUCUACUGCGAAGCUCCCUCUAUGAAGGGGAUUACUACUGAUGGUUUCUGGGCUGAAUAUAUGGUUGCCGACGCCCGCUUCAUUGUGAAAUUGCCAGAUAAUAUGGGAUUCAAGGUUGCAGCUCCCUUGAUGUGCGCCGGGAUCAGCAUCUACGGAAGCAUUGUGCGCGCAGGCGUGCCGAAGGGAGGAUCGAUUGGGAUUGUGGGAAUUGGGGGGUUAGGGCAUAUAGGGACGCAAGUAGCAAAAUGCAUGGAAUACGCCGUCGCAGCAAUCGACAUCAAACCCUCAGCCCUCAACGCCGUCGCAUCCUACCCCCACAGUCCCGACGCCCUAAUCCUUGCCACGGACCCAGUCGAAGACUCGCGACAGAAGAUCGAUCAGAUGGUCUCGUCUAAUUAUAGAGGCCUCGACGCAACGGUCCUGGCAACGGACCACCCAGCCGCGUUCGAGCUGGCGGCUGCGCUGACGCGGAAGCAUGGGACGAUGGUGUUGCUGGGUCAGCCGGAAAAGGGAUUACCAUGUCGUACCACACGGUUAUCUACAAGGAUAUCAAGCUUGUUGGGUCUUUGGUGGCGGAUACGGCUGCGGCUCAGGAGUUAA